AUGCCCGCCGCCGCAGUACCAGCAGCCAUUGAUUGGGGUGCAGCGUCGACAGCGGGACACGGAGAAGCCAAUGAGGAAGACGACCCCUUCAACUUUGACGACCUGGAUGCGUCCCUGGAUGCUCUGGAGGCCGAGAGGAAGGCGAGAGCCCCAUCUGACAUGGCACACGGGCCGCCCCACGAAAAGAGUAGCGCUGCCCUCGACUCCCGCGAGGAAGCGCCAGCGGGUGCUUCUGCUGCUCGUGCUGACCGGGUCGCUGCUCCGCUCCCGAGACCGGGCGACCCUGACACAGAGCCUGCCACCUCGGGCACAGGAUGUGGCGUUCAGCCCAGUGCCCAGCUUCCUUGUUUCUACCUGGUGUGCGAGGAGGACGGCGCGGCAGGGCAGGCGAGGCAGCAAGGGCAUGGCAACUCGGUGCCUGGCCCCCAGUCUGACAGCGAGGAGGGACCGGCGGCAUGGGAGGGUGAGGCCUGGGAGGCGGACGCGGUGCUCCGGCCGGGAGGCCCAGACGCCGCUUACCUGCGCUUCACCAAGGUCCUGGGGCGCUGUGGCGACCAGUGCAUACGAUAUGGGUUCAACGGCCAGCUGGAGUGGCCAGAGGACGCCCGGCCCCAGCCACCGUCCUGUCCCCUCUGCGGGGCGGAGCGAGUGUUUGAGUUCCAGGUGAUGACGCCGGCUCUCGUGGCCCUGGACGAGGCAGCGUCCUGGUCGGGUGUGGCGUCCACCAUUCCCAUCAGCUGGAGCUGGAUGACAGUGGCGGUCUUCACCUGCAGCGCAGCCUGUCAGCCUUCCGGUGGCGACCAGCAAGGCUGCUGCGAGGAGUGGACUGCCGUCGCCCUGGAAUAG